AUGCACGAUGCGAGCGUCCGCCAAGUGUGGCUAGCGCGACAUUCCUCACAACUGACGCACUAUAAGGUACCACAGCAUCUUUACCAACAACUUUACGAUUGCGCACAUGACAUUGAGGGUAAAUGGAGCGAUUUAGAUGCUGUGGUGAGGACGCGAGCAUCCAAGACGAGUGCUAGUCGCCAUAAGUUGCGCGUAGAGACUCUGAUCCCAUUAUUAGCGGCCAACAAAGUAUUGCAUGUCGGACACAAAUGGAAGUUUACGUCGGUUUUGGAUGCACAGACGCAGCUUCGACAAAAUGAGAACCUGCGCAUCAAGAUGAUCGAAUUAAUUGACAAAGUUGUAGAGAACGAUAAAAGUGAAUACGUGGUUGAGGACAACCAAAUUGAGAAAGAAGUGGAAUUUAUCUUACAACGUUUGCCUUUACUGGCCUACUCCAUUCGUUUUGGUGAUAAAUUCGACGAACUGACGCAUUACGUGCUCGAUGCAUUUGGCUCGAGUCUGCGUGAAAAUGAUGAAGAAAGCAAUUUGAAAGUUAUUCCAUUUAUGUGCAUGGAACAGCAAAAGCUUUUUUCUAUUGCUUGGACGACCAAGGAUGUGGCAGCAGAAGCCGAGCUAAUACGGCAGCAUGCAGGUAAACUCUCCUUGAUGGGAUUGUACAAAAAGAGUUAUUGGGAAGCGCGGUUUGAGACAGAAACAGAAUUUGAUUGGUACUGUGAAUACUCACAUCUUCGCGAGCUGCUGAGCUUACAUAUCUCGAAGACAAACCGCAUUUUAAUCGCUGGUACAGGCACAAGUCGACUUCCUGCAGAAAUGGCGCGUGAUGGCUAUACAAAUGUCAUUGCGAUGGAUUAUGCCGCAAAUGUUAUCGAAAAGAUGCAAGCUCGCUGUCAGAAGAAUAGUUGGGGCGUCCAGUUUGUGGUAGCCGAUCUAACACAAAUGAUGGGUUGGAAGUCCGAUUUUGUGGAUUGUGUAAUCGACAAAGGUUGUCUAGAUGCAAUGCUUCUUCAGCCCGAAACGGCUGCAAUUGAAACAAACUGGAAAUUUGUCGCUCCAGUCUCACCAGACGAUCUAAAUGACGCCAAGAGCAGCAUGCACCAGCUAGCGCGUAUUUUAAAGCCCAACGGCUUGUUCUUUUUUCUUACAUUUGGCAAUCCAAGCAACCGAGUGGCCAUGUUUGACUGGGUGUCACCACAAAACAAAGACGUCAUGGAAUGGGAAAUUCUACAAUGUCUGGAGAUGUCACCGAUCCAGAGUCAGCACACUUUUGUUACGCGCUUUUAUCUAUUCAUACUUAGAAAGACGAUCAGGAUAUCAAUAGCUUGA